AUGGGCGGCGGCGACGGGGCCGCAUUUAAGCGGCCGGGGGACGGUGCCCGCCUCCAGCGCGUCCUCGGGGUUGGCUCCCGCCGGGCGCCCCGCUCCCUGCCCGCCGGGGGCCCGGCGCCGCGCCGCACCGCGCCACCCCCGCCGGGCCAUGCGAGCGCGGGCCCCGCCGCGAUGAGCUCGCACAUCGCCAAGAGCGAGUCCAAGACGUCGCUGCUGAAGGCGGCGGCGAGCGGGGGCAGCCGGGUGCCCCGCCACGGCGCGGCCCGGGACCCGGGGCUGCCCGGCCGCCGGCUGGCCGGCCCCUGCCCGGGCACGCCGACGCCGGCCGGGGACCCCAGUUCGCGGAGGCCCCUGUGCCGGCCGGCGCCGCGGGAGGAGGGCGCGCGGGGGAGCCGGCGCGGGCUCCCCCAGGCGCACUGCAGGCCCCGGGAGGCGCUGCCGGCCGCGGCGUCCCGACCUUCGCCAACGCCGCCGCGGCCGCCAGCCCGCGGGGACGGGGAGGAACGGGGGCUGUCCCCGGCGCUCGGGCUCCGGGGCGCGCUGCGAGCCCCGGGGCGCGGGGACUCCCCUCCGGCCGCCGCGUCCGAGACAGACCCGUUCCUCCGCCAGCUGCGCCCCAUGCUCAGCUCCGCCUUCGGCCAGGACAGAUCACUGCGGCCAGAGGAGAUUGAAGAGCUCAGGGAGGCCUUCAGAGAAUUUGACAAGGACAAGGACGGCUACAUCAACUGUCGGGACCUGGGCAACUGCAUGCGCACCAUGGGCUACAUGCCCACCGAGAUGGAGCUCAUCGAGCUGUCCCAGCAGAUCAACAUGAACUUGGGUGGCCAUGUGGAUUUUGAUGACUUUGUGGAGUUAAUGGGUCCCAAACUCCUGGCUGAGACGGCAGAUAUGAUUGGAGUAAAGGAACUGCGAGAUGCAUUCCGAGAGUUUGAUACCAAUGGUGAUGGGGAGAUAAGCACCAGUGAGUUGCGAGAGGCCAUGAGGAAACUCCUGGGUCAUCAGGUGGGACACCGAGACAUAGAGGAAAUUAUCCGAGAUGUGGACCUCAAUGGGGAUGGAAGAGUGGAUUUUGAAGAGUUUGUCCGAAUGAUGUCCCGCUGAGGCCGAGAGGGCCCCUCCAGGACUGCCAAGCUCCCAUAGGCGGGGAGAAGAGGAGCCGGGGCUCACCUCACCCCUGCCGGAGACGCCGAGAGCCCAGGAUGUACUGGCGGAUGGGGCCUGCCUGCACCCCGGGGAGGUGCCCACCCCGGACCCCCACCCCUCCGCACUGUGAAAGACUCACAACUCCUGCAACUGGAAAGGGGGGCGCCCGCCGAUGAGGAGGCCGCCGUGCCAAGCCGGCAAAGAUCAUGCCAGGCACCAAGUGCCAUGGACCCAGCCACCGCUGGCUGGGUGGGCCAGGGAGCCCGCCAGCAGACCCCACACAGCAUGUGUGCCCUGGGGCAAAGCCUCGCCCUCCUUAGCUCUCUGCCCGCCCCAGCUCGCCUCAGCCCUGUUGUCUUGGAACCAAUAAAAAUAUUUCCAAG